AAAAAGUCUGAAGGCUGGAUGGUAGCAGUCUUUUAGGGUACAGUGAUGUGGGAGAAACAUAUUAAGGAGCACUAGGGAUUUUACAGAGCCCUAUUUCAAAGUAUCUAGCCAGAAUAUCCUUGAACUUAAAGGUGCUAAAAUAUUGCUCUGAGAAGCAAACUAUAAGGAAAAAGGCUACUUUGAGUUAUUUGUCUAACAAGACAUUUGUCAAAAGGAGUGUCAUACAUUUUGACAGUGUUCUGACUGUAACUGCACUGACAAACAGGAUUGCAAGCAAGCAAACAAACAAUAAAAAAAAAAUAAAAAAACUCCAGCCCCCUAGCGCUGGACAAUAACAAGACAGUAGGGCCUGCAAUAAGACCGCCCAUUUUUUCCUACGUAAUGCGAUAUAGGAAGAGGGUGGAUCAGCUGGGGACAUACAAUAUCAGCUGUUAAUCUGACAGAUGACACAAUAAACACUCGGUAAAAGAUUGAAUGGAAGCAACAGAUAUUGCUGAGAUACGAAGUGAUUCGGACAAAAAAUGCGUCACUGAGCGAACCACUGAGGACAGCUGCCAUGUAAAGGAAGCCAGUUCACAGACCGACCCCAAAGUGCAAGGCCAUGGACCUCGAUUAUCCAAAGUUAACCUUUACACGUUGUUGAGCCUAUGGAUGGAACUAUUUCCUCGGAAGAGGGUUGUGUUCAAGAGCGAAAAUGAACCUACACGAGGAACUGGUUUGGUGGUGGUCCGAGAGAGGAGGAUUCUGGGCCUUCACUGCUCCAGCUCAGAGCUCCAUGCUGGGCAGGUAGCAGUGGUCAGGCAUGGACCCCGCCUCGCCAGCUGUGACUUGUACUUUUCCAGGAAGCCCUGCUCCACCUGCCUCAAGAUGAUCAUCAAUGCUGGGGUCAGUCGGAUAUCAUACUGGCCUGGAGACCCUGAGAUCAGCCUGCUGGCUAUUGGAGAGGGCAGCAGCAGAGCCAGUCAGCAGGAGGCUGAGCUUGAUGCUGCAGCUGCAGAGAAGCUCAAGGCCAGCAGUCGGCCGUACAUGGGUGUCCUCCUGCAGCCCCUGGCCUGCGACAUGCAGCAGUUUGUGGAAGAGACGUCUUCCUCUUGUGACUUCCAGGAGAAAGUUGCCUCUGAACUUCCUAUCCUGGACGUCCAGGAUCUCUUUAGGCGGCAGCUGUGGGAGAACAGGGAUAAGUUCUCCCAGGUGUUUUUGGUAGUAGAUGAAACUAGGCACUGUGAACUCUUAACCAAAAUGGGCCUUGUGACGUUCUGUGCUGAACCGUACUUCAGCAACCUGAGGCAGCACAUGAGGGCCCUGGUGAGACUGUUGUCCUCAGUGGCCUCCAGUAUGCCCCGUCUAGCCGAUGCUGGCUACGGAUUCUACCUGAAAGGCAGUUCUGGCCCAGUCAGCACUCCACCUCUAUCCCAAGAUGUUAUAAGACACUGCAUCAUUCAAGCCAAACUACUAGCUUAUAGAACUGAGGAUCCUAAGGUUGGAGUUGGGGCAGUGAUCUGGGCAGAGGGACAGUUGGGCCUCUGUGAUGGCACAGGCAGAUUGCACCUGGUGGGCUGUGGGUACAAUGCGUACCCCGUUGGUUCUGAGUACGGAGAAUAUCCCCAGAUGGACGACAAGCAGGAGGACCGCCAGAGCAGGAAGUACCGCUAUAUCAUCCAUGCUGAGCAGAACGCCCUCACUUUCAGGAGUGCCGAGAUAAAAGAGGAAGAAAACACGAUGCUGUUUGUGACCAAAUGCCCAUGUGAUGAAUGUGUGCCCCUGAUCAGAGGCGCUGGCAUCCAACAGAUCUACACUACUGACCUGGACAGUGGCAAAAACAAGAAUGACAUUUCCUACCUCAGGUUUGACAGUCUCCAGGGAGUCCAGAAAUUUACAGUAAGUCCUUCUGUGGUAGAGCUGCAGUCUAAGUAUAAAUAAGGUAUAUUAAACCGUGACUUCCCCUUAAUUUGAAGUCUCUUUCUGAGGGAAUCCUGGCUUUUCAAAAUCCUACCCCUUUUCAAAAUCAGUAAAGGUAACUAAAUGUAGCUUGUUGGAGGACGAUCUAUCUCUACUCUCUUGGGGUUCUUUGUGUCUCUAAACUGCUUCAAAGCUGGGUGGGGAUAGACUGUUCUUCAGUCUAUCCUUAGACCAUUAUCAGCCAAAAGACCUGAUAAUAUGAUCUUCCACUUAAUUCUAUACAAAGACUACAAAAAAGGAGUAUUACAUAUUGGCAUGCAAAAGUUUGGGCACCCUUGGUAAAAGUAAGUAAAAGAUGACCUGAUUUCC